AUGGCCCCCAGUCCGACAGGAGCCGGCUCCGCGCGUCUCUGGCGGGAGCUGAUGCUGGUGCUCGUACUGGUAAGCGCCCUGAGCUGGCCCCCAGUCUCAGCCUGCCCCACCAAGUGUACCUGUUCGGCUGCUAGCGUGGACUGCCACGGGCUGGGCCUCCGGGCGGUGCCCAGAGGGAUCCCUCGCAACGCUGAACGCCUUGACCUGGACAGAAAUAACAUCACCCGAAUCACCAAGAUGGAUUUUGCUGGGCUUAAGAAUCUUCGAGUCUUGCAUCUUGAAGAAAACCAGGUCAGUGUGAUAGAGCGAGGGGCCUUCCAAGAUCUGAAGCAGUUGGAGCGCUUGCGUUUGAACAAGAAUAAACUACAAGUUCUCCCAGAAUUGCUUUUCCAGAACACCCUGAAGUUAACCAGAUUAGAUCUGAGCGAGAACCAGAUACAGGGAAUCCCGAGGAAGGCUUUCCGAGGCAUCACUGAUGUGAAGAACCUGCAACUGGACAACAACCAGAUCAGCUGCAUCGAAGAUGGAGCCUUCAGAGCCCUGCGUGAUUUGGAGAUCCUUACCCUCAACAACAACAAUAUCAGCCGCAUCCCGGUCACCAGCUUCAACCACAUGCCAAAGAUCCGAACCUUGCGACUCCACUCCAAUCACCUGUACUGUGAUUGCAGCCUGGCCUGGCUUUCUGAUUGGUUACGGCAGAGGCGAUCCAUUGGCCAGUUCACUCUCUGUAUGGCUCCUGUGCACCUGAGGGGCUUCAGCGUGGCUGAUGUUCAGAAGAAAGAAUAUGUAUGCACAGGCCCCCACUCUGAGCCUCCAUCCUGCAGCGUCAAUUCAAUUGCUUGCCCAUCCACAUGUACCUGUAGCAACAAUAUCGUGGAUUGUCGAGGAAAAGGCUUGACAGAAAUCCCAACCAACCUGCCAGAGGGCAUCGUGGAAAUACGCCUGGAACAGAACUCCAUCAAAGCCAUCCCCGCAGGAGCCUUCACCCAAUAUAAGAAGCUAAAGAGGAUAGACAUCAGCAAGAAUCAGAUAUCCGACAUAGCACCAGAUGCAUUCCAGGGCUUAAAAUCCCUCACCUCGCUGGUUCUCUAUGGAAACAAGAUCACUGAGAUUUCCAAAGGCUUAUUCGAUGGACUUGUGUCCCUGCAGUUGCUGCUUCUCAAUGCCAACAAGAUAAACUGUCUACGGGUGAACACAUUCCAAGAUCUGCAUAACCUCCACCUUCUCUCCCUGUACGACAAUAAGCUGCAAACCAUCAGCAAAGGUCUCUUUGCUCCUCUUCAGUCCAUCCAGACACUACUCAGCCUUGGGGAUGUGAUGGACCCAGAUGUCCGCUCCUGGUCCCCAGGCAGUUGGCUGGGUCUUGUAAAUAUCUCCUUGUGGCCUGAAAUGUUUCCACUGGGAGGGACUGAGGUCAACUCCAAACCUGCGGAGUUUGUGUGUCUAACAAGCCCCCAUCCCCGCUGCCACCUCUGUGCAUCCGCCAUUGUGUCUCCCCCUGUGCCAGGUGGACAGGGGGGAAGCCGGUCUGUUGUCCUUGGAAGCCCUUCAGCAGAAGCCUCCUCUGAUGCACUAACAGGCCCCCCCAGCAGCUGCAGGCCUCUGCCAAGGCCAAGUGACCGAGCCUCGUGCAGCCAGCGGCCGGCCUGGCUCGCGCUUCCUCUCCACGCUGCUUCCUCUGAGCUGAGCGCUCCUGUCCUCUCUCAUGGCCCAGCGCCUCCUCCUCCGCUGCCGCAGCCGCCUCCUCCUCCUCCUCCUCCUUCUCCUUCUCCACCACCGCCACUGGGGACUCUACUCUUCUCUUCUCUGCUCCGGAGCAACACUGGGAAUGUCGUCUCCGCCCGCCUCACGCCUUGCCACAGCCAGGACGAUGUGGGCCUCUCUGCCUGUUCUGAGGACUAUCGGAACAAGUUCAGCGGGGAUUGUUUCAUGGACCUUGUGUGUCCUGAGAAGUGUCGCUGCGAAGGCACCAUCGUGGACUGCUCUAACCAGAAACUCGUCCGGAUUCCCAGCCACAUUCCAGAAUAUGUGACUGACCUACGCCUAAAUGACAAUGAAAUCUCUGUCCUGGAAGCCACCGGGAUCUUCAAGAAACUGCCCAACCUGAGGAAGAUAAACCUGAGUAACAACAAGAUCAAGGAGGUGCGGGAAGGUGUCUUUGAUGGGGCGGUCAAUGUCCAGGAGCUGAUGCUGACGGGGAACCAGCUGGAGUUGGUGCAUGGACGGAUGUUCCGUGGGCUCAGCAGCCUCAAGACUAUGAUGCUCAGGAGCAACCUCAUCAGCUGUGUGAGCAAUGACACCUUUGCUGGGCUGAGCUCAGUGAGGCUACUGUCCCUCUAUGACAACAGGAUCAGCACCAUCACUCCGGGGGCCUUCACCACCCUUGUCUCCCUGUCAACCAUAAACCUGCUUUCCAACCCCUUCAACUGCAACUGCCAUCUGGCAUGGCUAGGGAAAUGGUUGAGGAAGAGGAGAAUUGUCAGUGGGAAUCCUCGCUGCCAGAAACCUUUCUUCCUCAAGGAGAUUCCUAUCCAGGACGUGGCCAUCCAAGACUUCACCUGUGAUGGUAAUGAUGAAAGCAGCUGCCAAUUGGCUCCUCGAUGUCCUGAGCAGUGUACCUGUGUAGAGACCGUGGUUCGUUGCAGCAAUAAGGGGCUCCGGGUCCUCCCCAAGGGCAUCCCCAAGGAUGUGACUGAGCUAUACCUGGAAGGAAACCAUUUAACAACUGUACCUAAAGAGCUGUCCACCCUCAGACACCUGACACUAAUUGACUUGAGCAAUAACAGCAUCAGCGUCCUGGCCAAUUAUACCUUCAGCAACAUGACUCAACUCUCCACGCUCAUCUUGAGCUACAACCAGCUGCGCUGCAUUCCAAUCCAUGCCUUCAAUGGCCUGCGGUCUCUUCGAGUGUUAACUCUUCAUGGCAAUGACAUUUCCAGUGUUCCUGAGGGCUCGUUUAAUGACCUGACCUCUCUUUCCCAUCUAGCCCUGGGAACCAACCCCCUGCACUGUGACUGCAGCCUGCGAUGGCUUUCGGAGUGGGUGAAGGCAGGCUACAAAGAGCCAGGAAUUGCCCGGUGCAGCAGCCCUGAACAUAUGGCAGACAGGCUCUUGUUGACAACACCUACCCACCGCUUCCAGUGUAAAGGCCCAGUGGACAUCAGCAUCGCAGCCAAGUGUGACCCCUGCCUCUCUGGUCCAUGCAAGAACAAUGGAACCUGCAGCAAGGAUCCAGUGGAACUGUAUCGUUGUUCCUGCCCCUAUGGCUACAAGGGCCGGGACUGCAACAUGCCCAUCAACACCUGCAUCCAGAACCCCUGUCAGCAUGGAGGGACUUGCCACCUCAGCGAGACCAAUAGGAAUGGAUUCAGCUGUUCCUGCCCUCUGGGUUUUGAGGGGGAACGAUGUGAGAUCAACCCAGAUGACUGUGAGGAUAACGACUGCGAGAAUAACGCCACCUGUGUGGACGGAAUCAACAAUUAUGUGUGCGUCUGCCCUCCCAACUUUACAGGAGAGUUAUGUGAUGAAGUGAUUGACCACUGCAUCCCUGAGAUAAACCUGUGCCAGCACGAGGCCAAGUGUAUUUCCCUGGACAAAGGAUUCAGGUGCGAGUGUCCUCCUGGCUACAGUGGAAAGCUCUGUGAGACUGAUGAUGAUGACUGUGGGGCCCACAAAUGCCGUCAUGGGGCCCAAUGUGUAGACGCUGUCAAUGGCUAUACCUGCAUCUGCCCCCAGGGCUUCAGUGGUCUCUUCUGUGAGCACCCCCCACCCAUGGUGCUGCUGCAGACUAGCCCCUGUGACCAGUACGAGUGCCAGAACGGGGCCCAGUGCAUCGUGGUACAACAGGAACCCACCUGUCGUUGCCUCCCUGGGUUUGCUGGGCAGAGGUGCGAGAAGCUCAUCACUGUCAAUUUUGUGGGCAAGGACUCCUACGUGGAGCUGGCCUCUGCCAAGAUCCGGCCCCAGGCCAACAUCUCCCUGCAGGUGGCAACCGACAAGGACAAUGGCAUCUUGCUCUACAAAGGAGACAAUGACCCCUUGGCACUGGAGCUGUACCAGGGGCAUGUGAGACUGGUCUACGACAGCCUGAGCUCUCCCCCCACUACUGUGUACAGUGUGGAGACUGUGAAUGAUGGGCAGUUUCAUAGUGUGGAACUUGUGAUGUUAAACCAGACCUUGAACCUGGUCGUGGACAAAGGAGCCCCCAAGAGUCUGGGAAAACUCCAGAAGCAGCCGACAGUUGGUACCAAUACUCCUCUUUACAUUGGAGGAAUACCCACAAGCACAGGCCUCUCAGCCUUGCGCCAAGGCACAGACCGAACCUUGGGUGGCUUCCACGGCUGUAUCCAUGAUGUCCGCAUCAAUAAUGAGCUCCAGGAUUUCAAGGCCCUGCCCCAACAGUCCCCAGGUGUCUUCCCAGGCUGCAAGUCAUGCACCAUCUGCAAGCAAGGCAUGUGUCGUUCUGCGGAGAAGGGCAGUGUGGUCUGCGAGUGCCACCCAGGCUGGACAGGACCACUGUGUGACCAAGAAGCUGGAGAUCCCUGCCUCAGCCAUAGAUGUAUCCAUGGAAAGUGUGUGGCUUCGGGCUCUACCUACACAUGCAGGUGUGCCGAGGGCUAUGUGGGAACCUCUUGUGACCAGAAGAAUGACUCGCUCAACCCUUGCCGGGACUUCAGGUGCUACCAUGGGCAGUGCCACAUCUCUGAGAGAGGGCAGCCUUACUGCGAGUGUGAGCCCGGCUUCAGCGGGGAGCGCUGUGAACGAGAAAGCCCAUGCCAGGGAGAGGUGGUACGAGAAGUGAUCCGCCGACAACAGGGCUAUGCUUCAUGUGCUACAGCCUCUAAAGUGCCCCUGAUGGAGUGUCGUGGGAGCUGCGGCUCCCAGUGCUGCGUCCCCAUACGUAGCAAGCGACGGAAAUAUGUCUUUCAGUGCACAGAUGGUUCCUCGUUCGUGGAGGAGCUGGAGAGACAUGUGGAAUGUGGGUGUCACAAAUGUUCCUAAUCCCCUCUUCCCCAAGUCUCCACCACUCUGAGGAGGCAGGCACUGCCAGACAUCGGCUCAAAUGGGGAUGUCAAACAUGGGACCUUGUUACUUUGAGUUGAAGAGGAAGAAGAGAAAUAUUAAGUAUAUUGUAAAAUAAACA